AAUUCCCCCCUGCAGUGUCUCCUUGUAGCGCGGGGGUGUGAAGUGAGAUUUCCGAACCUAAGGGGCGUGGCUUAAUCAUCUCCUGCAGACGUGCGAUCUCAGGCUCUGCCUUCGCUCCUCCCUGCUAUAGCUUCGGAAAACUUCGGAGCGCGAAGGGGAGGAACGAAAGGUCAGAGGGGAGGAGCGGUUCGGUUUUGCAUGGGUUCGGAAAGCUCACCUCACACCGCCUCGGAAGUAUCGCGAGACCUCCGAGUUUCUUUGUGACUUUCUCUUAUUAACAAUAGCGGGAAGCGUCUGGCCCCGCCCUUGCAGUGUGUCCACCAAUCAGCGUUUAUCGUCGUCUGCAGACGCGAGCUAAUCGGUGUUGUGUUGUCGGAGGGAUUCGCGCUUUGGAACUGAGAGGAAGAGGACGGCGGCAGCGAGAUGGAGAGGAAACGUUGGGAAUGCUCGGCUCUGCCACAGGGUUGGAAGAAGGAGGAGGUGACCCGCAGGUCAGGCUUGUCUGCUGGCAAGAGCGAUGUCUACUAUUAUAGUCCCCAUAGGAGAAGCAAAGCACCAUCGGGACGGCACGGAGGCAGCCCAAGUGGUAAGAAGUUCCGUAGUAAGCCACAACUGGCACGAUAUCUUGGUAACUCCAUGGACCUAAGCACGUUUGACUUUCGUACAGGGAAGAUGUUGAUGAGCAAAAUAAACAAGAAUCGACAACGUUUACGAUAUGAUGGACUGAACCAGGCCAAGGGAAAGCCUGAUCUAAACACAGCACUUCCAGUUCGACAGACUGCCUCUAUCUUCAAGCAGCCAGUCACCAAAGUGACUAACCAUCCUACCAACAAAGUAAAAAGUGAUCCCCAGAAAGCAGUAGACCAGCCACGUCAGCUUUUUUGGGAAAAGAAACUGAGUGGUUUAAAUGCUUUUGACAUAGCAGAGGAGCUUGUGAAAACUAUGGAAUUGCCAAAAGGGUUGCAAGGUGUUGGCCCGGGAUGUACUGAUGAAACGCUACUCUCUGCUAUUGCAAGUGCCCUACAUACAAGCACUAUGCCAAUCACUGGACAGUUGUCUGCUGCAGUGGAAAAGAACCCUGGAGUCUGGCUUAACACUUCUCAGCCACUGUGCAAAGCAUUUAUGGUGACGGAUGAGGACAUAAGGAAACAGGAAGAACUUGUACAGCAGGUGAGGAAAAAGUUGGAAGAAGCUCUUAUGGCGGACAUGCUAGCUCAUGUUGAGGAAAUAUCAAAGGAUGGAGGUGCCCCACUUGAUAAAGAUCUUGAUGAGGAUGAAGAGGAGGAGGAUGAUGUCCGUGGGCAGGAAGCAGAUGAUGUAUAAUUCCUAGGUCUUUAUAAUUCUGUCUGCUUCUUCCAGUAUGUAAAGAUUUGUGGCAAAUUAGUUUUCCCCUUGGGCAUCAGGCCUGGUGCAGGACCAGUUACUCUUACAACUACACAAACCCUGCAACAAAUAUACGAAGAGGAGAUUUAGACUUGGAACUGCCUUCCUUCCAAACUUUAGUCACUACACUCUUUCUUGCCAGUUAUUUUUAUCAUAUUUAUUUUUGCGUGUAGUCAAAGUACAUUUGGGAAGCCAAGGAUACACGUGCUGCUGUUGCAGUGUGUUGUAUUUCUUUUUUUAUAUAUAUAUUCUUCUUUGUACAUUACCGUACAUAGCUUCUUUCUUUCAGAAACAGUACCACACCUGUCUUUAUUUGUAUUUGGUAUUUCAGCUCAGCUACAUUAAAGUGAAUAGGGCAGAGCUGUUCUACUAUAUGCAAAACAGUGAAGAGUAACGGCUCACUGCUGGUUGUGAGGCAGAAUCCGGUAGCAUACAACAGGUAAAGUGAGAUAUCCAGCCCCCAGAAUCCUUUUUAAAGCCAACAGUAAUUUGAGCAGUAUUUUGAGUAAAAUGCACAAACAUGAGCAUAAACAAAGCAGGAAACUGUGUAAGCGUUACAUGUUUCGGGUCUCUCCCUUAACCAUAAGCAAGCUAAGGACAGGCAUGUUUGUAAUCUAUACACUUCCCACUUACAAGAAAAAAAAAUUGCACUAUGCGACCUUGUAUUUUAAGAAAUACCUGUCCUGAUAGAAUUAGCCUUUAAAUGGAAGCAUUAAUAUAUAUAAAUAACAGUUAAGUGACCUCGUAAAUACAUUGUCAUACUUAUGCUGAUCAGAUAGGUGUUAGUUUUCUUUUGUUGUUGUCCCUUACUGCUUUCUAGUCAAUUUACAUGCCCAGACAUGUAUCACAAUUAAAUAUAUUCUCCCCUGUGCCUUUGAACUGAAAACAAUAAACGUUCAUUGUAAAUGCUAUUGACUUAGUUGUAAGCUCUGUUCACGACUAGUCUGUUAUCCCUUGAAGACAUUUUGCCUGUCUGUUACAUUGCUUGUACAUCCACAUUAAGAUUCUGAAAAUCCAGUUCAAUAACGUAAGUACUGCUGAUUGAUCAAAUGUGCUGUACAUGAAUCAAACAGUCUCUGUAAUGCUCAUGAGAAGAGUCCCUGAUGUAAUGUUCUUAUUUUUUAUUUCCUGAAGGAAAACUGUCAGAAUAGUCACCAGCACAUACCAGUGGUAGUGCGGGUGACGCGAAGAAAAACUGUGCUUACAAUGCCUGGAACCGGUGCUCCGUUUGUCUAAUAUCUCCUUCUUUCUGAAUAUGCAAAUUAAGUGGCACGGGUGGGGUUACGAUCCAGCCUUCAGGCACUGUGACGUCAGCGCUGUUUCUUCGGCUCUCGGACCAGCUAAUCAUUAUGUCAUUAUUCACUGCCUCCCUCCGCCUCUCCCCUUUUUCCCUGCUCUGUAAUCGUGUUUACGGAGCAUGCGCAGCUUCCUGGCUACACCCGGAAGUGGAAGCGGAAGCAUGGUUAUGAAGCCGCUUCCAAGUGUAGCCAGGAAGCUGCACACGUGCAGUAAACUCUAUUAGGGCGGCGAGAGGCGGAGGGAGGCAGUGAAUAAUAAUUUGCCGGGCCGAGAGCCAAAGAAACAGCGCUGAUGUCACAGUGCCCGAAGGCCGGAUUGUAACCCCGCCCGUGCCACUUACUGCAAAUUUGCAUAUUCAUAAAUGAGGGGAUAUCAGAUUAACAGCGCAAUGGAUCCAGGCAUUGUAAGCAUCGUUUUUCUCAGCGUCGCCCGCACAACCAGGCCGUACCACUGGUUCUUGCAGAUGACUAUUCUGACAGUUUUCCUUUAACUAAAUAUUCAUUGGGUUGUGAAGCAAGUGGAAAGUAAGUUUGGACAUCCUGUAGCAAGGCAGACUUCACACAUGCAUUAUAGCUUAUUUAGAGGGUAGCUGUGUGAACCUUAACUGAUAAGGUCACAGAGAAAGUGACUUUGUAGCCUGUAGCAUCCAUUGUUCAGCCUUUAUUUUUAAAACCUUAUUUAAAAGACAAAACAGGAAUUCAGUGUUGAUAGAUGAGGUCCUGCUUAAAGGUGUAUUUAAUUCAAUAUUAUACUACAGUCUACUCCCCUCGUCUAUUUUAGCGCUUUUGUACCCAGAUGACGCCCUGUCCCAACUCUGCUAAUGAACCAAAACCACUGCACCCUUAGUAAACAAUCACAGAACAUCUUGCAUACUCUGUGUAAAGUCAAAUACAGUCCAUAAGAAAAAAACAAGCUAAAACAUAACCCUAAAAUAUUCACUUCUAGGACAAACAAAUAUCAAGAGAAUUGAGUGCUUGUAGACUGUAGUGCAAUAGGGUGUACCAAGGACAGAAUUGGGUCCCUAGCACCAAUUGUCAUGUACCUUCUCGAACCUAAUUAGGAAUUCCUUUUUGGACCAUUUCUUAUAAUGUGACUCAACUGCACAAACAUUCUAGAAGUGACUAUUUAAAAAAGUAUAAAAGAAUGUUUAAAAUUGUUCUUUUCUGACAGCACAUUGACUGGCACAGUGAAUUUGAAACGUCAGCAGAACAAGGAAAGUGCAUCAUAUGGGUAAAUUUACAGAAGUGGUGGACUGGGCAAUUGGAAUAUGGUUUAGUUUUAUUAAUUUACUGCCUUAGCAGACUAUAGAAUGUUUUGAAAUACCCCCUUUGACCUUUUAGCUGAAAUAUUAUUUGGAAAAUGUUUAAUAGGCCACUUAGAAAUAUCUUGUUCGCACAUGAAAUAUAAAGUAUCUAGAAGUCCUCCAGAAAAAAAAAGAAAAUGUUGACCUAUGUGAUGCAAAUAUAAAUCUUUCUCUCUCCCGUUUAUGUAGUAUACUACAUUUGUGGUAUCGUAGAUUAAUAUAAAAAUCCUAUCUAGUUACUAAAAGACAGCGUAGGCCAGCUAAGAAUCUGUUGCUC